ACGAUCAUAUUCUGACCGGCUGGAGCUGUCAGUGAAUUUUCGAAACGGGAGAGACGGAAACAUCUUGGUUCUGAUUCCUUGAGACCUCUCAUACUUAGUUUAGCAACUUGUAGCUGGCUGUUGCUGUUGCUUCUGGAAAGUAAGAAAUGCAUAUGUUUUUCUAAAGACAACCGCAGCUUUCUUGUAAGUCCUGCUUUGGUAUUUCGAAUUGUAUAUUUUUAACUGACUAAAAAAGUGACUUUGAAUGAUUUAGAUUUUUUUUAUCUUUAGUCAUUUUGAAGGAAGUAUUGGAGAAAUAGCUGUCUAGUUUCUGGCUGCAGGUGACGUUCCGCAGGACUAAACAAGAAAAUACCUUAAUAUUGGAUUACACCAUAUGUGAAUGUUCAAUUUGUCAACAUUAGCUGAGUGCCUGUGCCAUAAUUUGGUGAUCUUCUGGUGACUUGACAAGUGUCUUACUAGGGAUGGAAGGUCAAGUUCUUACAAAUCAGUGGCACUGUUAAGAUCGUCUACAAAAGCAACAUAUAUCUGUAGGUUAAAAAAGUGGGCAAUGUUUUCUUUUGGAGUACCCACUUCACAGAACAUGUCUCAAACAGAAGUGGAUUUGGCAAGCUGUGACUUCUCCUUCGCCUCUGUUUUACCAGAAGACCCCGCGGAGCUGUCAACUUUAGCUGCUUUAAGAAGGCGCAGGCUAUCGGGAAAGGAACCCCGGAGGAACUCUUAUCAAUUUAACAGGAGAAGUUCAGCUCAACUUGAAUUAUUAGGUUACGACCCUCCUGGGACCUCCUUCUCAUCUUGGUGUCCUGAGGAGACAUCAGCGUUGGAAGAAACAGUUAAUACUGUUCCUAAGAUAUCUCCUAAUGCUAUCAGCUGCCUGUCAUCCAAUAUCCAAGCAGAGCUAUUUCCCUUAGUAAAUGCCCCUGGAGCUCCUGGGGCCUUGACCAGCAUUGCAGACAUCAGCUCAGAGUCUGAAGAUGAAGCAAGCAGCCCAAAGGUGCCCAUAAUUCCAAUCCCCAAACCUAUUGUUUUGGAGAACAAGAAAGAACAAGAGGAGAAUGAAGAAAAUGAAACUAAGGCUGUGGCCACAUCACCAGAUGGACGAUACCUGAAAUUUAACAUUGAGAUUGGAAGGGGGUCGUUUAAAACAGUUUACAAGGGGCUAGACACAGAAACAACCGUGGAAGUGGCAUGGUGCGAACUUCAGACAAGAAAACUUACUAAAGUAGAGCGUCAAAGAUUCAGUGAAGAAGUGGAGAUGCUAAAAGGUCUACAACACCCUAACAUUGUUAGGUUUUAUGAUUCCUGGAAAUCAACAGUGAAGGGACAGAUCUGUAUUGUCCUGGUCACUGAGCUAAUGACAUCUGGGACUUUAAAGACCUAUUUAAAAAGAUUCAAAGAGAUGAAGUUAAAAGUUUUGCAGAGGUGGAGCCGUCAGAUCCUUAAAGGACUUCAUUUCCUCCAUACGCGUAGCCCUCCAAUCAUCCAUCGUGACCUUAAAUGUGACAAUAUCUUCAUCACAGGACCCACCGGCUUUGUGAAAAUAGGAGACCUAGGUUUAGCCACCUUAAAGAGUGCCUCUUUUGCAAAGAGUGUUAUAGGGACACCAGAGUUUAUGGCACCCGAGAUGUACGAAGAAAAGUAUGAUGAAGCUGUAGAUGUAUAUGCAUUUGGGAUGUGUAUGCUUGAAAUGGCUACUUCUGAAUAUCCCUACUCUGAAUGUCAAAAUGCAGCUCAAAUAUACAGAAAAGUGACUUCAGGCAUGAAGCCAGACAGUUUUUAUAAAGUUAAAGUCCCAGAGCUUAAAGAGAUCAUCGAAGGAUGUAUACGCAUGAACAAAAAUGAAAGAUACACCAUUCAAGACCUUCUCGAACACUCCUUCUUCCAAGAGGACACAGGAGUUCACGUAGAAUUAGCAGAGGAAGAUGAUGGCAUGAAACCAGCUCUGAAACUUUGGCUGAGAAUGGAUGACACAAAGAAGCUGCAUGGCAGAUACAAAGAUAACAAUGCCAUUGAAUUUUUGUUUGACCUAUACAAGGAUGUUGCUGAAGAAGUGGCCCAGGAAAUGGUGGUGCUUAAUUUUGUGUGUGAAGCCGACUACAAGCUGGUUGCAAAAGCCGUCCGUGACCGGGUUCUUGCCAUAAAAAGAAAGCGAGAGAAAGUAAGACGGGCUCAGGAGGAUUUGAAAAAGAAAGAGGAAGAGAAGCAGCAUAACAUACUUAAACUUCUUGAGCAGCUGAGAUGCCCCCAAAGUUCCAACACAGCACUAAACCCUGAUCUAUCCAUGGUGUGCACCCUCCACACUUACCCUGACUCUGUUGAGACAUGUAGUGGAACUUUCCUCCCUGAACCAGAGGAACCAGAAGCAGAUCAGCAUCACCCCUUCAACUUUAGACACACAUGCUCUUCUUCUGCAACAUCAGACUGUGAGACAGAAGGGGACCUUAGUUCAUCUGGUUUCAUGGAGUCUUUGGAUGGUCCACAGAUGCCUUCAAGUGGUGCAUCAUUAGAGAACCUCAAUAGUCCUCCCAACACCCAACCUGAGAUAUGCUUUCCAGGUAGCAUUGCUGUGAGUGUGAACACAGAGCACCAGCGUUCCUCUGGAUAUCCCAGUGACAUCACCUCCCCAGUAGACAGUUAUGCUUCAGAUGUGGCCUCGGGGCUGAGUGAUGGAUGUGAAGGGCUUUCAGCUAGUGAAAAGGGCAAUAAGUCUCCUGUUAAAAAGACAGCUGCAAAACUCCUUCGACGUAAAGCAAGAUCAAGGCUUCGAAUCAUCAAUAUUUCAGAUAAAAGUGACAGAGUCGUGGAAUGUCAACUGCAGACAUAUAACAAUAAGAUGGUCACCUUCAAAUUUGACCUUGAUGGGGAUAACCCAGAGGAUAUUGCAAUGGUUAUGGUAAACAAUGAGUUUAUAAUGCAGUCAGAGAGAGAAAGUUUUACCAACAGGAUUCGUGAUAUAAUACAUCGUGUUGAGACAUUAUUGAAAAAGGAAACCACUGGAGACCAAGAUGAUGAUGGCAAUAGAUUGACUACCAGUUCAUCAGUGCCUUGUAUACCUCCUAUCAUGGCUGAUCUUCAACUUCAAGAAUUAUCACGCUCGUUUUCUUCCUCUUCACUGAGUGAUUUGGGGUGCACAAGUCCCACUAAAGGAUAUAAUUCCCCAGCUCAACAGUAUCACAGUAGCCCUGCAUUGGACAAUGAUGUUUUUGGUACCUCUGGUCCUUUACUUAUGUCAUCUGACCUUGGAUCUCUACUGCCAGGUUCCCCAAUGGCAACUAGUAGAACUUGGCCUUCAUUUGAAAAUAUUUCUACUCCAACUGGACCAUUUUCAACAAGCCACUCCUUGCCAAGCUCCCAGUCUUUCCCAUCUACAGCUUUUAGUUCCGUGCAGGCUGCCAACUAUAUAUCCUCCUUGCCCCAUUACAUAAUGCCUCAAUCUUCUGCAACACCUAUGUGUUCUCAGAACUCUGGGUUUCUUAGCAUGUUGGGUAAUUCUGCCAAUAACCAUAAUACAUUGCAGGAAGUGCUGAAUAGGGGGAUGGCACCACAUAAUAUAAAUAAUGCUGUAUCAGUCCUGACAUCAAGUUCACAGCCAGCACCUCAGUGGUCUCCCACAGCUCCAAUGUUUUCAUUGGCUAAUGUGUUAUCCUUAGCAAUGAGCAUGGCGCAGACCUUAUUACCAGUGGCAUCACCUGCAUCCUCUCAACCUCAGGGGAUACCACCAGGAGGAUCACUCUUUAGUCAGCCAGUUUCAGGACAUUCUCCUGGUAUGUACCCAACAAAUUUCUCUCAGCCUCAAAGCCCGGUUAAGGAUGGAUGCUUUUCCUAUGGUCAGUGCCCUUAUAUCUAUCCUGGAUCUACCCACUCAAGUGCAAUGUUUCCUCCAAAUAUGUCAGGCAAUUAUACGCAGCCUUUUGUUCCACAAGAUUCGGUACUACACAGUGGAAUGAUGGCCCACAAUGUGCAACCAUCAAAUAUGCCUGAAUACCCAAUGCAACCUUCUCAGCAGACUGCGAUGCCACCCCCUACAGGGGCCAUCCAAGACUUGCCAGACCUGCAACCAAAACUAGGAAGCUUCAAAGAAGUGUCUUCUGCAACCCUUGGAAAUAAAUCAACAGAAUCUUCAGGAUCUGUCUCUGGACAACCCAUAAGUAAACCUGUACAACUCAUUACUAUAGAGUGUUGUUCUCCAUCACCCCAGCUCUCACUGAAAUCUCUGCCUCUAGGUGAUGACAUCACUGAUGCUCAACCAAAGAUUGUAGGGAGGUUCCAUGUCACAACCUCCAAACAUCUGACAGAAAACAGUCUAGGGGAGAAUUCAAGUAGCAGCCCUGAAGAAUCCCAGAAAUCAGAAACAGGAUUUCAAGACACUGCUUCUGAGAUAUACAAGACAGCAUCUUCGGACACCGACAUUAGUACAGAUGAGGGAACUGAGGUAAAAUGCUCAAAUGCUGAAAUCACACCGCUGUGGAGCACACAUAAAGCUGUGUGUGACCAAGACUUGAGUGGAUGCCCAGAACCUGAAGAUUUCAGCAAUGAAAAUGAUGCAACAGACAACAGUGACAAGGAAGGGUUAACUCCUGUUACAACAAACUGUGAAACUGUUGAUUCAGAUGAUAUCUGCUCAUGUGUCAUCAAUAACAAUGCAGGCAAAGAUAGUAGACAUGGCUGCCAUGAUAAUUCCAGGCUCGUGGACUAUGGUCAGUUCAGCUCUAUUAUGGAUAGUGAAAGUGUGAUGAACAAAAGUACAACUACUGAGACAAUGAGUUUAAGGUCUUCUAGUGAGGAAGAAAAGGCAGAAAAAACACCACAGCAGAUCUCCACUGUUCAGGUCUGGCUGCACUACACAAGAGGCAUUUCUUAUCUCAGUAGCGAUGACACCGAAAGUGAAGAUGAGGAAAUAUUUGAGGAGCUUCAGCUACUUCGACAAAAACACAUGUCUGAAGUGCAGGUGUUACAAGCCAUACAGAAAAAAGAGAUUGAAGAGUUGUAUUAUCGAAUGGGAAAGGUACCUCCUCCAGGUAUUGUUUCUCCUGCAGCCAUGCUGUCUAGCCGACAGAGGCGCCUCUCUAAAGGCAGCUUUAACCCAUCCAGGCGGAAUAGUCUGCAAAGGCUAGAGCUUCUGCCAGCAACUGGAAUAAUAAGAAAGAAUUCAAUUGGAGGCAGCAGCUCAGGGUCCCAGGAACAGCGCUCAAAUAAAGGUGUUGCAUUCUCUAGAGAUGUGACUAGAAUGAUAACUACUGGUGGAUUCCACAAUGAAGUAUGUGAUCAUGAUGAAAAUGGAAAAGAAAAGUAGUGGCAUCAAUAAAAGAACAGAACAUUGAAGAGGAAUACAAACUAGACUACCUCAGACUACCUUGAUACUUGUUCCUACCCUAAAGAGAGAAGGUGGAACUGUCUGAAGUAAAACAUCUUCGGGCUGGCAUGCCUUUGUGCAAUGUAGAAACUGCUAAAUAUGUGAACACAAAAUGUAACAGGCAAGGUUAAACCCAGAACCUUCUAGUGGAUG